AAUUUGCUUGUCUCGUUUCCAGCCGCCUAGUUUCUUACAUCCAAUUUCUUUCCUUACUUCUGUCGUUUAACUUCUUUCUUGACUACAGAUUUCAGGCGCGGUUUCUUUCAGUGAUCGGCCUCAAGUUCCCUUGAAAAUUAGUGUGUGAACAUCACAUCAGAAUGGCCGAGUCUGUGGCUUUCGCUGUUUCCCAGUUUCUCGAACUGCUCGAUGUGCGUCCCGGACUACAACACAACAAGGAGACCUCCCGAAUACGAGAAAAGCUGCUGGUGUUUGAACAACUCUCUCAAAACCAUCAAAAUUUAAAUCAGGAAGGGUUGAGUAAAUUGGCGAGGGAAAUUAGAGAGGUUAGUUACAUGUUUGAGAAUCAUGUGGAGGCCUCCAUCAUCAAGGCCGGAGCAACAGACCCUGAUCAGGAGGACUACUCUCGAGGAAGAAUAGCUGGAAAAAGCGUCCUGAUGUUUUUGUGCAGAACAUGGUCUUGCUCUCCGAAGAAAGCAGCAUUGCUAGAUAUUCACCAGAGGCUUGUAUCUGUCCAACGUACAUAUCAACAAUACGUAGAACACUAUUCUUAUGCUCUUGCUCCCGCAGAGAAUCUCACGUCAAGGAACGUAGCAUACAGACGGCCCUUUGAGUUUGUUAGAAGAGAGAAAGAGAUGGAAGUACUGCUUCCAUAUUUGCUUCCGGACAACGACCUGUGCCAGGUUGUUUCCAUAAGCGGUGCGGCUGGUAUAGGCAAGACCAUACUUGCCCAGCAGCUGUUCGAAGCUCCCGAAAUACAGUACCAGUAUCCUACAAGAAUCUGGGUUAAUGUGUCAAAGAAAUCUCGGAGGGAAAUUAUGGAACAGAUUGCUAAAAGUCUACUGACGACCUCAGUAGAGGAGAUGUUUGCGGAACAGUUGGGCAGAUUGAUUUUCUCUCAUCUAGAUAAAUUGAGGACAUUACUUGUGUUGGAUGAGAUCUCGUCGAUGGAUGAUUUGGAAUUCCUGGAGCCUAUCCUUCCAAGGACCAGUAUGCGACGGAGCAAAAUAUUGAUAACAACACGGUCGAAACAAGUAGCGGAAGUUGCUCAUACGACGGCACCGAGAUGCGUCCACCUCAGGAGGUUAACCGACGAUGAAGGAUACCAACUACUCUUGAAGAACGUUCCGGACUUUUUGGUCCGUGGAAUUGAGGGGGAGCUGGGAAAGAAAAUAGUUGAUUUCUGUGGAGGCCUGCCGAUGAGCAUUGUUCACUUCAUAAAAUCAAUGGCAACAAAGCAUACAUUGGAGGAGUGGGAGGAGACUGUAAAUCAAAGGCUCUGCUCUACAUUUCGGGAAAGACUAGAAUUUCCGGAAAUACAAGCAUCGCUAGAAGUUUUAACGUCAAGUUAUGAUGACUUGCCGUAUAUUCUAAAACUAUGUUUCCUUUAUAUGGGAGUUUUACAAGAUUAUCAACAUAUCCAACUGGAGAAAUUGUACCUUUUGUGGUUGGCUGACAAGCUUGUAUCAUUGAAGCGCCUUCAAAGAGGAGAAAGACUAGCGGAUGUUGUGCAAAGCUAUGUGACGAAACUAGCUGACCGAAGUAUGGUUGAGCUGCAUCAUGAAAGGGAUGCGCGAACUAUCACAAGAUUUCAAUAUUGCCAGCUUAAUGAGCUCAUGCGGGACCUAUCAUUGUUGAAGAAUAAGCAUGAAUGCUUUUUCAAGGUUGUGGAUUUUGUACGUGGAGGUCAGCUGGUGCCGGAUUCAUUUUCUUCUUUGUCAGAGUGUAGAACGCAUCGAGUUGCAAUCAAUUUUGAUGAAUGUGAAGAAGGAUGUGUUUUGCCUUUAACAGAUGAAGAAAAGAUGCAUGUCCGAGUCCUCCUAUUCAGUGCAAAAAAGAAGCAGGUCUGGCCUAGAGAAUUGUCCAGGUUGACCAUGUUCAAAUAUCUCAGGAUCUUGGAUUUCAAUGGAUUCAACUUUGAUCUAACGAUAUUACCGUACGGUAUAGCAGCAGCAGUCCAUCUGAGGUACUUGAGUUUUAGAGAUUGUGUUUUGGCAGAGUUACCAUCAUCGAUUGGCAACUUGAGAUUCUUGAUCAUUCUUGAUUUAAGAGUGCAAGAAUCGACUAAAAUGAUCAUCCCGAAUGUGUUAUGGAAGAUGAGAAACCUAAAGCACCUCUAUUUUCCACUCCUGUUUGAAACACCAGAUGCCGGAAAAAUAAGACUUCACGGCUUGACAGAGCUCGAGACAAUCACAAACUUCAACACGUGGAUGGUCAACGUCGAUGAUCUCCUGAAAAUGCCUAAACUUCAGUUCUUAGCUGCAAAUGUUGCCGGAAAUCUUGAGGACAUCGAAUCCAUCAUCAAAUGCAUGAUAAUGAACUCAAAUCUUGAAACAUCCCUUGAGAUAAGAGACUUUGAUUGCUAUACAGAAGAAAGACAUUCUGUUUUCAGAAAAGUUUUGGCAUGUCAGUCUCUCGGAGUCCUCUGCAUGGAGGGGCACUUAUGUCGAAUGCCAAUGCACUAUAAAUUUUCUCAGAAUCUCACUAAGAUUAUAUUCAUUGGUUCAGAACUUAUAGAAGAUCCAAUGACAACACUGGAGAAACUUCCUAAACUGCGUGUGCUAGUCUUGGAUGAUGCAUUUGUGGGGAAAGCAAUGGUCUGUUCUUCAUCCAGCUUCCUCGAACUCAAAAUUCUGGAACUCCUGAAUUUGCAUGCGUUAGAGAAGUGGACAGUGGAAGAUGGAGCUAUGCCUAAGCUUUCGACUUUGGUUCUUGCAAAUUGCGGAAGAUUGGAAAUGCUGCCGGAGGGAUUACAGUUUGUCCAUCGCCUACAAGAGUUGGAUGUCUCACGAAUGAGCAAAGAUUUUCAGAAGAGGAUCCGCAGUGUUGAUCCGGAGAUGGGACGAGACACGCACAAAGUCCAGCACGUGCCGUCAAUCGUGUUUGAUGACAAAUGACUUCCCUAGUAGGUAUCCAUGCAGAACAAUGAGGUAAUUUCAUGCCCAUUAGUAUCCUUGAUCAAUAAUUUUCAUAAAUAUUCUGUAAAAUUUGUUUUCAUUGUUUUAGUGUGUAACAAAAGACAUAAAACGAUAUAAUGAUGAUUAAAAAACUAAUACACUCGAAUUUUAGUUCAAUGGUUACAUAUAUUUAUGCAUACAAAUGUAUUACCCAAUCAUAAAACUGGUUGUCCCUCGUGUACUUAAAACUGCUAGAAAAAGAAAAGAGGUUCAAACCAUAUAAAUAAGGUUAUGCUGCACUAUAUAUGUUCCACCUCUUAGCAUCAAGAUUAGCUUUUGAUGUUGUAGUUGCAUGAAAAUUGUUAUCCAAAUCAGGUCUGUUCGAAUCAAACCAAUCACAAAACACGUAUAACACAUGCCAUAUGAUUAGUCACUUUUCUGGAACUGUACGCCAAUCACACGGCAAAUAUAUUACACUUGACAUAUAUAUUUCCAUAGUUAAGACUGAGAAGUUGAACACUUGUGUUGAAAAUGAUCUUUGUAAUUGAUUAUUCUUAUUGCAAUAUACAUCAAAAGCAGAUUGAGCUAGCACCAUGCCACCCUGUUCUGUUAGCUUAGUCCUCCAUCUCCCUGAGGUCUGGUUCUUGUUUGAAAGAGAUCGGUAAUAUUCAUGCAUGAUCUUUCGGAUAUCGUUUUAUUUCAUUCCAAGCUUAGCAUUUUAAGACUGUACUCUUUACACAACCAAACAUCUAAUUGUGAUGCAUAAGACGCUUAUCAGUUGGCAUGCUUCGUUCCGUCCCUCAUCGUCCUCAGCUAUUUUGCAAGCAACCGUUGUCCGGGCGC